UUGUGACAAUUUGCCGAAUUUGCCGAUUUCAUUGCACUGAUUUGUACGAUAAACCGUUCAUGUGUAUAUAUAUCUAGGAAAAUUGUAGUUAUUUAAAGAUUGUGAUAUAUUUUCGUUUGUCAUUUUAUAAAACGGCAUAUCUGAAAUAUCUAUAAAAAUGCCUUCAUAUAAGGUUAAAGUAAAAUGGGGUAAAGAAAUUUAUCCUGAUAUAGAAGUAAAUACAGAUGAAUCCCCCAUAGUCUUCAAAGCUCAAUUAUUUGCCCUCACUGGGGUACUUCCUGAAAGACAGAAAGUCAUGAUCAAAGGAGUCACUUUGAAAGAUAAUGACUGGGCAAAUUUCAAUCUCAAAGAUGGCGUAACAAUAUUACUGAUGGGUAGCAAAGAGGAAGAUGUUCCUAAAGAACCAGUUGAAAAAACUGUUUUUGUAGAAGAUAUGAAUGAAAGUGAAUUAGCAACUGCUUUGGAUUUACCUGCAGGCUUAAGUAAUCUAGGCAAUACUUGUUAUAUGAAUGCUACUGUACAAUGUUUGAAGUCAGUCCCAGAGUUAAGAGAAGCUUUGCAGAAAUUUGAAGGCAGUAUAUCGAUGAGCAGUAAUAUGAUACCAGCUCAAUCAAUAACAGCAGCUUUAAGGGAUCUAUAUAUUAGCAUGGACAAGGCAAAAACUAUUCCACCAUUUCUUCUUUUACAAGUGUUGCAUUUGGCUUUCCCUAGAUUUGCCGAGAAGAAUGAUCAUGGGUAUUUACAACAGGAUGCUAAUGAAUUCUGGACCGAGUUAAUCAGAAUGCUUCAGCAGAAACUACCGGCAAAACAAAAUAAUGCUGAGAAAGCCGAGCAAUUCAAAUCUCUGAUCGAUCAGUACUUCGGGGGAACUUUUGACGUUGAAUUGAAAUGUGCAGAAGCGGAAGAUGAACCCGUAGCAAAGAGUAAAGAACAGUUCUUGCAGUUGAGUUGUUUCAUUUCCCAAGACGUUAGGUAUAUGCACUCUGGUUUGAGAAAUAAACUUCAAGAGCAAAUCACCAAAUAUUCCCCCACUUUGGAAAGGGAUUCGUUGUAUACAAAAACUAAUAAAAUAAGUAGAUUACCGGCCUAUCUAACUGUGCAAUUUGUUAGAUUUUACUAUAAAGAAAAGGAAGCCAUCAAUGCGAAAAUCUUGAAGGAUGUCAAGUUUCCUUUGGACUUCGACGCCUACGACCUUUGCACCCCAGAGUUACAGGAAAAAUUGGCUCCAAUGAGAGCUAAGUUUAAGGAAGUUGAGGACAUGCAGGUAGAACUUGCCUCCAAAUCCAAAGACAAGGGUAAAAACAAAGGAGAUGCCAAAUCUAGUGAAGCAUUGAAAAAAUAUGAACCUUAUUGGUUUGAAGAUGAUUUGGGCAGCAAUAACAGCGGCUAUUACACCUUACAAGCUGUUCUUACCCAUCGUGGCCGAUCUUCAUCUAGUGGUCACUAUGUGGGAUGGGUCAGGCAAUCUGGAGACACGUGGGUUAAAUGCGAUGAUGACGUUGUAUCUCCAGUAACAACAGAAGAAAUUCUGAAAUUAUCGGGAGGUGGUGACUGGCACUGUGCCUAUGUACUGUUGUACGGACCUCGACAACUCGAAAUUAUGGAAGAAGUGGAGAAGAUGGAGGAAAGUUAAGGGUGCAUUGAUGUCCGUUGCUUUCACUAAUCGUUUCUGUGCUACGCUUUCAAAUACUAUAUCUGUAAGAAAAAUUGUCAUUUUCAAUAAAGAUUUAUAUUUAUUA